AUGAACGGCAACAGAAAAUCUUACGCCAUACUGGAUGGCGGACGCCCGUCUCCUAUCAAAGAAUCAAUAUGGUCUUUGUUCUCCAAUGUGGCCAAAGAGAAGCCUGACCAGCUCGCCGUCAUUGCACGUACCCAACCUGCCGACCUUCUAUCAUCAGUUGUCGGCCCUUCUGCAUCGAAAUCAGGAGUGGAAUGGACAUUCUCGCAAAUGAUUCAAGGCGGUACGAACAUUGCUUCUAUCUUCAAAAGCCAUGGUGUAAAGCCAAACUCUGUGCUUCUUGCUUUCCUCCCUCCAGUAUGUGCGGAAUGGUCUUUGCUUUGGAUGGCAGCAAACUUUUUGAGAAUCACCCUGGUCACCAUUGACAAGCGAGCUCUUGAACCAGCAAGGGUGGAUGAGUUGACUUUCUACAUUCGCUCUCUCCAGCCAGCAAUUGUGGUUGUUCAUGAAUCCGAUGGUACCAACGCCGUGGACAAUAUCUGUACCGAAUUGCAACAUUCGAUCGACUGCAAGAUGACUCUUGAUUCUGGAGAGAGCUCGCCUGAUUGGAUUGGAUUAGCAGCCUUCGAUUCCUCUGUCCAUGCACACAAGCCUGCUCUCGAAAAACAGGAUACGGAUUCCGACCGUACAGCUGUCAUCCUAUACACCUCGGGGACUUCAACUGGCCAACCCAAAGGCUGUCCUUUGACGGAGAGGAAUCUCAUCUACGGCUGGUCCGCCCAAAACCCUGUUCCUGCUGGUGCUGGCAAGACGACAAUGAUGUUCGCAAACUCGCGAGCCAUAAACCUACACCUGAGUAGCGAGACCUGGUUGGUCGGCGGCACAGUUGUAUACCUCUCGACAGGUUUUACACCCGAAGGAGUAAUAUCGACCAUCGAACAAGAGAAAAUCACGCUCAUCACGUUAAUCCCACCAAUGUUGAGAGCAGUGGUGAAGCAUCCAUCUUUCUCAAAAGAAAGUGUCCAGAGUAUAACGAAAAUACUCAUGGGUGGGGAUAUCGCGGCAGUAGACCAUCAAGACUUGGCCGUCGAGGGUUUCCCAAACGCACAAUUCGUUUCUGGCUGGGCAAUGACGGAAGGUCUUUGGAUCACCGGAUGGCCUUCGUCUAAAGCCCCAGCACGAGGCCAGAUCCCAGUAUCAACGGGCUUGUUGGCACAGGGAACAGUUCUGUCUGGAAGCAUUCUGAAAAUUGUCAACGACGACGGUAACAUUGCAAAGAGGGGAGAGACUGGAGACAUGCAUGUUCAGAGUCCAGUCGUGAUUAAUGCAUAUCGCGACAAUGCGGCCGCCGAUACCUUCUACGAGGAUGAAGAGGGGAGAUGGUUCAAGACUGGCGACAUCGGAUUCAUCGACGAAGACGGCCUUAUCUACGUGCUGGGAAGAAAGAAGGAUAUCAUCAAACGACUCGGUAUACCGGUUCCGCCAAUCUUGUUGGAGAACGUGCUUGCCCAAUUCGGAGGUGUUCAGGCAUCAAUCUUUGGCCUCCCCAAUUCAAAACUGGGAGAAGAGGCAGUGGCAGUCGUAGCCGACAUGACAGGAACGACCUCGGAAAGAUUGCAAGAUUUGGUGGUCGAGCACUUGGGCCCAGACUACCCGAUUAGCAAAGUGUUUACUCUGCACGAGCUGGGCAUGCAGAAGUUCCCUGUGAACGUGACUGGCAAGGUGAUGAAGAUCGAAUUACGCAAGGUCGUGGAGGAUAUAUUGUCGGAUGAGUCGUUACAAAAAUAG